AUGGUCAUCAUGGGAGCCCUCGCCCACCUAGUGAAUAUGCCCCACGAAUUCCUUCAGGAGUUUGUGGAGAAGCGUUUCAACCGCGGCCGCGAUGGCGACGACGAGGUCAUUCGCUCCAACAUCGAAGCCCUCCUCCUCGGCCGCGAACACAUCGCCCAGAGCGGCUUCAGCCUCGGUGAGCUGGCUCCCUCGCAGAUGCCCGACUACCAGCAGUUGAUGAUCAAGGGAAACGAGGCGCUGUCCCUGGGUGCAAUCGCCGGCGGGUUGGAUUUCUACGUCGGUUACCCCAUCUCCCCCGCUACGCCGAUCCUUCUGUACAUGGAACGCCACCUCGUGGGUAAGGACCGGUUUGCCUACCAGGUUAGCUCGGAGAUCGAGUCUAUCACCGGUCUCAUCGGCGCCGGGUAUGCUGGAAAACGGGCAAUGACCGCCACCGCCGGCCCCGGCGUUUCGCUGAUGAGCGAGGGGCUGGGACUAAGUUGGGUCGCCGAGAUCCCGCUGGUGGUGGUUGACGUUCAGCGUGGCGGUCCGGCCACCGGCCUGCCCACCAAGACCGAGCAGUCCGACCUGAUGAGUUGCAUGUUUCCUGCCCACGGCGAUGUGCGGCUGCCCGUAAUCGCGGUGGGAACAGUGGAGGAGUGUUUCUACGGCGCAAUCAAGGCCAUAGAAUGGGCCGAAAAAUACCAAGGUCCCGUGAUCCUCAUGUCCGAGAUGGCUCUGGCGGAACGCUCCCAGAACAUCCGCAAGCCCGACCUCAGCAAGGUCAAGCAGACCAAGCGUUGGGUCUACGAGGGCAACAACGGUUACCAAAGGUAUGCGGGCCACGAGCUCUCGCCCAUGCCUCUGCCCGGCGGCCCCGGUGCCUACGUGGCCAAUGGCAGUGAACACGACGACAUCGGCGACACGACCCACCUGCCUGAGCGCCACAUCCAGAUGACGGAGCGCCGUUUCAGCAAGAUCAAGUUGCUGGAAGAAGACGACUACGAGAGCGAGGGCAACGAGCACAACGUCGCGCUGCUGCCCUGGGGCGGAAGCAAGGGACCCACUCGCGAGGCCUUCGACAUUUUGAAUCAGCAGGGCGCGCCGCUGGGGUGGUACUACACCAUAUACCUGAACCCCCUUCCACCAAAACUCUUGGAAGAACUCAAGCAGAAGGACUUGGUCAUAGUUCCCGAGUUGAACUACCAGGGCCAGUUCUCUCAGAUCUUGAGAGGAGAAGGGAUCAAGGCCGUGUCCAUUACCCAAUACACCGGGUUGCCCUUCAAGGCGCGCAGCCUGGUGGAAAAGAUUUCGGAGAUGACCAACUUCCGGCUGACGGAGGCUGUAGGGGUAUGA